AUGCCGCUGUACACACGUGCAGCAGCAGCAGCAGCUGCUGCUGCUGCUGCAAUUGCUCUCAUUAGCCUCCUACACUUUGGGGCCCUCGCAGCACAGCCACCUCCACAGUCUCCCCCUGCUACAUACACCGCCCCAGAAGCAGGAGGAGCUUCAGCGCCUCCACCGCCACCACCGCAGCAGCAGCAGCAGCAGCAGUACACUCCUCCUGCUGCUCCCCCGCAGCAGCAGCAGCAGCAGCAGGCCCCUCCGCCGCCGCCGCAGCAGCAGCAGCAGCAGCAGCAACCCGGAUACCAGCAGCAGCAACCUUCUGGGGGCUAUGCGGCGCCUCCUCCCGCUGGUGCGCAGUAUGCCUAUUCACAUGAUCCUCGGCAGCAGCACGUGCAUGCACAGCAGCAGCAGCAGCAGCAGCCACCUCCACCGCCGCCAGCACAGGCUUACUACGCAGCAGACCAGAGGUACGCGCAGCAGCAGCAGCAGCAGCCGCCGAGCUAUCAACAUCACGGUGGUGCAUAUCAGCCGCAGCACACUUAUUCACCACCAGCAUAUCAGCAGCAGCAGCAGCAGCAGCAGCAGCAGCCGCCAGUAUACCAGGCGCCUCCGCCGCAGUAUGGACAGCCGGCGCCACCGCCCCCUGCGCAGCAGCAGCAGCAGCAGCCGCAUCAGCAGCAGCAGUACUAUCAGCCACCACCUCCUCCUCCCCCACAGUACCAGGCCCCUCCUCCGCAGCAGCAAACUGGCAGGGCACCGCAGCAGCAGCAGCAGCAACAGCAGCAGCAGUCAGGGAAGCGGCAGCAGCCGACGCAGGAGCGUCAGCAGCCGACCCGUGCGGAGCCGCAGAGCAGCAGCGGCAGCAGCAGCAACAGCAACAGCAAGAAGGAGAAGAAGCAGCAGAAAGAGAAAAGACAAAAACAAAGACAAACAGAUGAGCCUACCCCCUAUGGAGACGGCCUUCCGAUUGCUGCAGAGGAGAUGACUCCUGAAUAUCAGCCGCGGCGCACGGAAGAAGGAGCUGUGGCGGACAGCACCGAGCACCAGACGGCGAGUUUGAUGGAGGAGUGGGAGAAGCACAUGCAGAACUUCAUCCCUGAAAUGCUUGUAACGUUUUCUUUAAGCCCGCGUUCAGACGAAUAUUUUUUCGAGGCGGUGGAGGCUGAGGGAAUUUUUCUCCGCGGCGGAUUUUUCGUGGGCGGCGAUGAGGGCGACACAGCAGUAGACUUUUCUAUUAUGGAUCCUGACGGGGAUUUAAUAUACAAGAAAAGCAAAUCGGAAGGUUUGUUUUACUUCACGGCGAAGAAGAAAGGCACUUACUCGUUCAUUCUCUCCAACCACAGGUGGAUGGAGACAAAGACAGUAACAUUCGCAAUUGGAAGAGGUUUAGAAACUGCACUGCUGCCUAAACAUUUAAACAAUGCAGAAGAAAUGGUUAACCAGCUGGAGAGACAGCUGAAAGAUAUUCAGGCUGAGUCCUCUUAUCUGUGGAUUCGACAGCGUUCCCUGAACGACGCCGCUCAGGGCUUUUUGCAGCGUUUAUCGUGGUUGAGCGGAAUUGAAUUUUUAAUGUUGGUGGCAACUGCUGCUUUUCACGCUCGUUACAUCAUUGGGCUGGUCUCAGAUAAACGUAUUCUUUAA